AUGGGUAAUUCAAAUUCCAAAAUAUCUUCUAAUAAGAAAAUUAGUCAUAAUGUAACUAAUAAAGAUAAUGCUGAUAGUAGUAUAAAAAGAAAUAAAAAUAAAUUUAAACAAACUAAAAAUAGUUAUAUAUCUAAUAAUAGUAAUGAUAAUGAUUACAACACUUCUAUAGCAAAAGGUUCAAAACCGAAAACACUCGUAAAAAAAACAAACAGGCAAACUUCAAGUAACGGUUCUAGUCAUGAAAAUGUAUUUAAUCAGCAAAAUACAUUUAAUCCUGUUAACUUGGAUCCUGAUAAUACUUCUAAACCUAUCCAAAUUUAUAGAACUGAAACCAUACAUUCUGGAAAAUCUUUAAAAUCUCGUCAAUCCCAAUCUUCACUAAGAACUAACAAUGGAUCUAUUCUGCUAAAAUCAAAUGGCAAUAACAAUACAAACUCUACAACAGCAAGCCCCUUUAGUGUUACCAACAAUAUGAAUAAUUCUACUAGUCUACCGUCCUCUUCUAGAAGACGAGUCAGCAAUACUCACAGCAUUAAUAACGAACCAAUGACACCAAUUUUAAAAAAAGUGGGUACAAAUACAUCAGGUAAUUCACCAAUUUACAGUGAGUAUGCUAUCACAGAUGAUGAUAACGAUGAUUAUAUUAAUACUUCCAUCGAGAAUCCAAAAUCUAAAUCUAAAUCUAAGUCAAGACAAAAUUCUUCUUCCUCUACAUCAAAAAGUAAAAAACAUCUUCUCUCCAUUAAACGUCAUAACUCUAUGCAUGAUAUAAGACCGUCUAAUGAAAACACAAAUCAAACAGAUAGUAUUCAUAAUAACAAUUUAUUAAUAAAUGCUUCACAGUUCAGACCACGUAGUACUAGAAAAUCUGAAAAUAUAGGUAUUCAUCCACACAUAAAAGAAUUAUUAUCAGGAUCAGAUAAUAAUAAUAGUAAUAGUAAUAAUAAUAAAGGUCUAAGUAAUAACAGCACAUCAGUUGAUAACUCUAUCACUAACAGUAAUAGCACUAGCGCUAGUAGGCGUGGUUCAAACUCUGCUAGUGCUUCGAUUAGUGGAUAUACAAUCUAUAGUACUCCUGUUCACACACCUAACAUUAUUGAUGAAAACAAAAUGAUAAAUGGUAACUUAGAUGAUGUUGAUUAUUUUAAUGUAAAAGUUAGUAGUAAAGCCAAAAUCCCUAAAAAUAUGCAUUUUGAUGAAGAGGAUGGUGAACUAAAUUUAAAUUCCAAAUCAAGUGAUGGUGAUACAAUUGUUGGACAAUCAAUAACGAACGUAAAUAGUUCUGAAUUACAGGGCGAUAUGCCGAUGAUGCCUAAAAAGAAAAAAGUAGUUGACAUUGAUAAUUGUAUCGAAAGAUUAAUUGAUGCAGGAUAUGCAGCCAAGCGGACUAAAAAUGUCUGUUUGAAGAAUUAUGAGAUUGCCCAGAUCUGUAGAAUGGCGAGAGAAAUAUUUUUAUCACAACCAACAUUACUAGAAUUAUCACCAUCUGUAAAAAUUGUGGGUGAUGUGCAUGGACAAUAUUGUGAUUUACUAAGAUUAUUCUCCAAAUGUGGGUUUCCACCAAUAUCUAACUAUUUGUUUCUUGGAGAUUAUGUUGAUCGUGGUAAACAAUCAUUGGAGACCAUUUUAUUACUAUUGUGUUAUAAGAUUAAAUACCCUGAGAAUUUUUUUCUUUUAAGAGGUAACCAUGAAUGCGCCAAUGUGACAAGAGUGUAUGGCUUCUACGAUGAAUGUAAACGUCGUUGUAAUAUCAAGACGUGGAAACAUUUCAUUGAUACUUUUAACACAUUGCCGUUAGCAGCAAUUGUAACAGGCAAAAUCUUUUGUGUUCAUGGUGGUCUGUCACCUGUAUUGAAUUCGAUGGAUGAAAUUCGACAUGUGAGUAGACCUACCGAUGUCCCUGAUUUUGGGUUAGUAAAUGACUUACUAUGGUCUGACCCAACAGAUUCACCGAACGAAUGGGAAGAUAAUGAACGUGGUGUUAGUUACUGUUAUAAUAAGGUAGCAAUUAACAAGUUUUUAAAUAAGUUUGGAUUUGAUCUGGUUUGCAGAGCACAUAUGGUUGUGGAAGAUGGAUAUGAAUUCUUCAAUGACAGAAGUCUUGUCACUGUAUUUUCUGCGCCAAAUUAUUGUGGUGAGUUUGAUAAUUGGGGGGCAGUGAUGACUGUUAGCGAAGGUUUAUUAUGUUCAUUUGAAUUAUUAGAUCCAUUAGAUAAAGCUGCAUUGAAACAAGUCAUGAAAAAAGGUAGACAAGAACGAAAAUUAUUAAACAGUGGUCAAGACACUAGCAUUAAUAAUAAUAACAACAGUAACACCAACACCAACAACAGUAAUAGUUAUAAUAAUAUAACCUCUUAA